AUGGUUAAGGAGAAAUCAAAGGACUGUGGUAGCAAUGAUCCGAGAGCUGACUGGAAAGACCCUGAGGAACUACAAGCUUUUUGUGAGUUCUGUGUUGUUCAAGUCAUAGACGGCAAGAGGAAAGGAGGAUUUUUUACCAAAACUAGGGUUGAUGCAGUGAUUGAGCAGUUGGGUGUCAUGGGAAAAGUGUAUAACGAGUAUUUUGACAAUGACACUGGGUUGGGUUAUGAUGCUGGAACUGGGAUGUUUGAGGCCAGUGAUGAGUGGUGGACCCGAAAGAUUGCGGCAUGUCCCAAUGCAAAAACCUUUAAAAAUAAAGGUUUACCGAAUCGUGACUUCCUGAACAUCAUGUUUGGAGGCACGGUUACAUCGGGGAAAAAUGCGUUUUGCACAAGCGAUCAAAUACCAAAGGAAACCACCGAAGGGUCUAGGGACUCCGCUGAUAGCACAGACUUUGUUGACCCCCAAUGUGAACCCUUUGUGAAUGUUGACGCAAUGGAGGUUGAAGGUCCAUCAUCGUCGAGGACAGGACCGGUAGUGACUAAGGGGAAAGGCUUGGCAACCAAUGUCCACCUUUUCAAGCCAAUUUGCAAGAAAUCAAGAAAAAAGCGUUCAGUUGCGCAAGAGAUGUCCGAUUCUUUGAAGAGCAUCUCAGAUGUUAUUGUUGAGAGUAGAAGUGUAAGUACACGUAUGGAUAUUGCUUCCACAGCAACUACUCAAGUUAAAGCAAUUCUGGAUAUAGUGUUGAGUCUUCCCGAGGUGCACUCGGGUCAUUACCUUCAUUUGUUCAACACUCUCUACUUCAUGGAAAAAGAGCGGGGUAGGCACAUGUUUGCUGCACUUGGUGAUGACAAGGACGUCCAACUGAAUUGGCUAGAAAAAGAGUACCAAAGGCACCCUGAAUUUCAUUUUUAG